AAAGCUUGUGUCUGAACUGAAAAUGAACGCCGCUCCUUUUGUUGUCGGAGACGGAAACUCAGAACGAUAAUCGUAAUUUUAUAGAAAAAAUGAAUCAUUACACACACGACCUGUCUCUAUUCGACUUUGCAGAUUUAUCAGAUCCGAUAAGUCAUCCAAUAUCCCGACAUCAUCAUCUAUAUCACCGCUCUUCUUCAUCGUCGGACUUCUAUUCCGGUAAUAACGAUAAUUUUUACUAUUAUGAGGAUAAUAGCACUGCUAAAACAGUGACGCCUAAGAGUCCACCGAGGCACCGCCAUGACGGUACUUCGCCUCUGCCUUUGGGAAUGGACUGGAGUCUACCUCCUCGUAAUUGGGAUGGGCGAGACUCCGUUUGGCCACAUGACCCUCAUACAGGAUGGAGUUACUGUGUCACAGUUCCUUCUUGGAGUCAUCCAUCAAAACCAGGAGGUUCAGAUUCUGCCGUUUUUUAUAGAGUCCAAGUUGGUAUACAAUCACCAGAAGGAAUCACCACCACUAGAGGGAUUUUGCGGAGAUACAGAGAAUUUUUGAAUCUUCUUUCUGAACUUAAGAAGGCGUUUCCUAAGAAAACUCUACCUCCAGCUCCUCCGAAAAGGAUUAUGAGAAGGAAAAGUGGGGUGCUACUGGAGGAGCGGAGGUGUUCUUUGGAGGAUUUGAUAGAAAAGCUUUUAUCAGAUAUUGAUAUAUCAAGGAGUGCUCCUGUUGGAACAUUUCUUGAACUAGAAGCUGCUGUAAGGUCAUAUUUUGAUGAUGUAAAUCAGCAAAGCUUGUAUGCAAAUUCUUCAACUAUUGACAUUAUUCCUUCAAGUCUUGACCAUACUGACUCAGAUGCUUCUCUUCCCCUUGGUAAUUUAUCAGUUGCAUCAGAUCAUGGUAAUGAUUUUCCUGAGAUAUCGGAACUUGGACCAUCGAGCCAUUCACGAGGUAACAAUGUUGAUUUGGGAAUGGACACUUCCACUUCUGAGCAAAAUAUUACUGAUCCAAUGGAGACAGUUGUUAGAAAAGACAUAUUUAACCAAAAUUCUAUACUGCAUAAUCUGGAAUCCUUGCGGAAAAUGCAUGCUAGAAGAGAGAAAAAUAUCACAGGCAGCGACAAGCAUUCUGAUAAUAUUUCUGAAGGUAAAUAUUUUUUUGGGGAUGGAAAUGAGCCUUUGCCUCGAGAUGAGUAUCAAACACUAGAUGGUCAUUUCCAGAGACUAUCAACAGAGAGUGUCGGUAGUGACUUAAGUUCUACAAAAGCUGGUGAUAUACCAAAUUUGGGUAUGGGUAAUUUGUUUGGCAGAGACUCCCUUGAUCUUCCAGCAGGUGCUCCAGUAAGCUCUAAUUUACAGUUCCCCAGAAAUUUACUAGUUGCCCUUCCAUCAGAUGAGCGUCCUAAGUUGAAUAGGGUUCUUAAUACUGUCCAGCAGAGACUAGAUGCAGCAAAAACAGACAUGGAGGAUCUCAUAGCCAGAUUAAAUCAAGAAAUUGCUGUGAGGCAAUUCCUGACAACGAAGGUUAAAGAUUUGGAAGUGGAUCUUGAGACUACUAGUAAUAGUUGUAAAGAAAACAUGCAGCAAGUUGUUUUAUCUGAAAGGGAAAGAUUUACACAGAUGCAAUGGGAUGCGGAAGAACUCCGUAAGCAGUGCUUAGAGCUAGAGCUGAAAUUGAAAUCUGAACAGGAUGAAAGGGAACGUGUUGAGUCUGUACAAGUUUCCACCAUUCAGGAGAAUGAAAUGUUAUUGAAGCAGUUGGAAGCUGCAAGAGAAGAGCUUGCGAACUUGCAUAAGCAUCAUGACGAGCUGGAGCUGAAAUCGAAAGCAGAUAUGAAGUUUCUUGUCAAGGAGGUAAAAUCUCUUCGAAGCUCCCAGUCAGAUCUGAAACAAGAGCUUCGCUGCCUGGUGAAAGAAAAAAUAGAAGUAGAGGAAGUUCUUCAAAACGAAAAGCAAAGAACAGAGACUGUAACCGCUGCCAAUGCUAGGUUGCUACAUGAGUGUGAAAUUCUUCAAAAUAGACUUCAAGAAUGUAGUGUUAAUUUCUUCAUUAAAGAGGGGCAUAGAUUGAUAUUGGACACCUCAUCCCCAUCCGAUACGAUAGACCUCUUGACAACAUCCGACAACAGAAUUGGGCUCCUCCUUGCAGAGGCGCAGCUACUGUCACAAGAUGUAGAAAAUUAUGUGGCGGGGCUAGAUGAAAAUACAACUGAUAACAAGCUGAAGAAGUUGCUGACUGACAUAUUUGUUGACAAUGCAAGAUUGAGGAUGCAAGUAAAUUCAGUAAUUCGCUGUACUAUAAAUGAAAAUAUAAACUCGGAAAAAGAAGACGAGAAAGAGGAAACUGCUACUAGAGAAACAGUUUUGAGCAAAUUCUUGGAAAGAUGAGAUGAACUUUACCUUGUUUAUCAAGUAAAUGCAAUACUGUGAUUGUGUAAAUGUUAUAGAGAUAGAUUGCCAGGAACAGUAUCAGUAGUGUUGUAUAAAUUGUUUGAAUAAUUUGGUGUAAAUAAAAUAUGAUCCUGUUCGGCACAA